AUGGAUCUAAAGGCAUUAAAAUUUCAAAUUGAAACUAGUUAAGAAAUAUCUACAAAUAAUCUCUAUAAUUAUGAAAUAUUUAAAAGAACUUCAUGGUUUUUGAGUUUAGAAGAUGUAUUAAUAUUAGGAGCCACCUGCCGCAUUUUAAAUGAAUAUGUCUAAGUUUCAAAUUAUUUCUAUAUAGACAGAAACAUUAUUAAUUCUUUGCCGAGAAAUACUAUAAAUAAUUUCUAAAUGAUUAACUUGAAAUAACACUUGAAUUUAAUUAUCCAGAUAUAACUUAAAGAGAUCAGACUCGUUUGGCAAAUUUCGAUAUUAACCCUUUAGAUUGUAAAAUUAGUAAAUAUGAAUGGUAGAAAAACAAUAAAAAUUCCAUUUUCUCUUUGUGAAUCAGUGUUUCCGAAACCUAUUUUAAAAAGAGAAACCAUAGGUUUAUAUUGUGAAUCAGAAUUCUAAAUUAUGCUUGCUCAACGUUUGGAAUUAGAAUAAAAAGGGUUCGAUAGAUUGUUCGACUUUUAAUUGAUAUCAAAUGAGCUAAUGAAUAAUUUAAAACAAAAUAAGCAAUUUGUAAUAAAUUAAAUGUGCGAAAAAUUAGAGAAUAGUGAAGCAUUUAAAUCAAAAUUUUUAAUAUAUAGAUGGAAUUUAUAGGAUGAAUCCUCUGGAUUACAAUAAUUUCCUCAUUCUUAGGUCGAAUCAUAAAGCAUUCAGAUAGAGGAGUAAGAAGAAGAAGAAGCAUUUACUGAUGAAUUUUGUAUAAUGAAUCUCUUUGAAUAAUUGUAUAGUUCUAUUGAAUGUUAUCUACAAGGUUUGUCAAUGUACUUUUCUACAUUCAUAACUACAAAUUCAACAAAUAGUAUUGAUUUAUUAAGUGAAUACAAUAUGUAUUGGGAAGCAUAUAGUAAUUCUAUGGUAGAAUUAAAUGGAGUAAUAUAUCCCUUCGAAAAUAUUGUCAAUGAAAUACAUUAGAAAGUCUUUCCUUAAUAUCCUCAAUAUCCUCGUUUCUCAGUUUGGAGAAUAAUGUGCAAAUUGUGGAUCAAACAUAUAAUUAGGAAUGAUUAAUUUUAAUAACUGCUUAUAGAAUGCUUCAUCAAAACUUUGUAGGCAGAAAGAUAAGCUAAGUUUCUCAAGGAAUUUGAUCAGGGUGUUAAUAAUAACUUGGGUUUUACUCCUUCAUUUUAAAUUACUUAUGAGAUUUAUGAUAAUUUCUUACUAAAAUAAAAAAAUAGUAUAAAGGAUUAAUUUUAAAUUGAAUAUAGUCAUAAAUAUUAUACAGAAAUAGUGGAGUUAAUGAGAAAUUUUAAUAAAUCUAUAUAGGAUCUUUCAAUCAAUGAAGUGUCUGUUCAUUGGAUUGGACAUGUGGAUUGUUGUUAUGAAGAGUUCUAUGAUUUGUUAAGUGAGAGAGUUCAACAUGAAACAAGUUUGUACUAUGAUGAAACUAAAUAGGUUUUUGGUUCAAAUGUAGCUUCUUUUAUAGAGUUUAUGAAAUUUGAUAAGGAGUUUAUUUCUCAAUUCUUACCAGAACCUCUUAUAUUUAAAAUUGACAAUCUGUAACGCGAACACAUCUUCACAUACUUAUUUUAUUAUUUAGAACAUUCAUAUCUUUAGAAAUUUAUUUAAAUUCAUAAGGAUAUGAUUGCUUUAGCCUAUAAUACAAAAACUCCAAAACAAGAAAGAACUUCGGUUACGUCAUCAAACAAUAAUGAAUAUUUGGAUACAUAAGGGGAUGCUACUUUAAACGAUGCUUAAAGAUUUCUUAAUUUUGCCUUAGAGAAUAGUAAUUUUGAUUUAGAUGAACUUUUGAUUAAUAAAAAAAAUUAAAAUCAAUAGGAACCCUUGUUAGAGAUUAUUAAAGUUGCUCUUUCUUAAAAAAAUCUGGAAUAAUUAGUGGGAACUAAUGACUAGGAAGAUUAAUAACAAUCUCAAUUUUAAUUUGAAUAGAACAGGCAGUAAAAAUUUCCAAGAACAUAUUCAAAUAAUAAAUUAAACUCUGAUUCAACAGAAGUUCCAGAAGAAAUAAUCAAAUCUGCCAAGUAAUUCCUGUUAAAUGAUCCAGAAUUUACUAAACUUUAUCAAAUUUUCAUUGAUUAUACAAAAAAUUUUGACAGAAGUUGGGUUUAAGUGGGUUAAAAAAACCAAGAUAUUGAAAUAUUAAAUAAUGAUCGAGAGAUUCCAAGAGUCCUAUAAGAUUAUCUUUAAUAUUUUUAUUUUGUAUCUAAACAUUUAACAUUAACAAUUUUAGAGGACAAUAAAAUUGUGAAUGAAGAAGAUCUAGAUGAUCUUGAAAUGCCUCCAAGCCUCUCAAAAAAUUCAUCAAAAUUUAAAAAAAACUCUGUAUGCAUGGAAGUUUAUUACUCUGAAGAAGAAGAUGAGAAUUAAGGAUGA